AUAAAUGAACACUGAUGUGUAGACUUUGAACUUAACAUAUAAAAAGAAUUUUUUAUGGUGUACUUCAUUCAUUCACAUUGAAUGAAUUGUUAAAAAUUUUUGAAAGAGUAAAAAUGUCUAAUUAUUUAGAUCUGGACAAGUGGCUAUCAAAUCAUUUGAACAUCAAAGAUGAUUCAGGUGGCGAUGCUGAUCACUUUGAAACACUGUCUAUCGAUAAGUAUUCAGUAAAAAUUCAUCAAAGUUCUCGAACACUGUUGGAUAAAAUUUCUUUUAUUGAAAAUGAUUUUACAUUAAUAUAUCCAAUUGUUGUUCGCAAUGAUAAUUGGCGUGAUGAUAGCCAAGUCCGAAUUCGUGUUGCGGAAACAUUAAUGGCUAAAUUAUCGCAGCUCAAACCCAUGGCCAAGGUCGCUGAAAUAUCGAGCAUCGAUAAUUUAAAGUUUCAACAACGUUUACAAGCUUUGAAUGUAAUUUUGAAAAAAGCUGAAACUCAAAAUCAAAAAUUACCAAAAGUGUGUCAUUAUCGUGUGAUUAAUUGCACCAAAAUAUCGAUAUUGGCUUGUUUUUAUGAUGUUUUGGUUGAAAUAAUGCAUGGAACCCCAUUUAUUUUGCGCACAGAUUUGUAUUCAACUAUUCCGGUUGCUUUAUUGCGUGAAAUGUUCAUCGAAAGUGGCGGCCCCGCAUCAGUUUUCGGACAUUUGAUUGAUUUUAAAAUAACAAAUCAAGGACAGAUUGGCACUUAUAUUCUAACGGAAACAGCCGAUAUUCAUUCAGCGCUGGAUAAUUUAUUUGAUGUUUACAUUGUGAGCAACUUAUCUUGCAUAAAAGUUUUUGCUCAAGAAUCAUUGCGAUCGACAAUCGAAACAAUCAUCAGACAAAAAUUGAAAAAUCAAUACGUAAACAAUUCUUUGUUUGCAGAAAAUGAACCUUUUUCAAUAAAUUCAAAAGCUUUUUUGAAUUUUGAUGCUAUCUGUGUUGAUUAUCAUGACCAAGGAAUUGGAUUUCAUUAUUAUCGUUUUGCUGAUGAAUCAAUCAAUAUGAUCAAUCGUUUUAAAGGUUCUUCAUUUGUGUCAAUCUGGUCAAGUGAAGACAUAGGAAUUGGACAUAAAAUAGCACGACAGAUUCAAACUACCCGAAAUGUAUCGAUUAACUGUUGUCCCCUCAACCUACAAAAAUUAUUACAAUCAUGGUCAUUAGAGUUGCUACCUCAUGAAUCAUAUCAUAGAUACGCUCAGGCCACCAAAUCUAAAGUGAUGUUAAACAAAAGCUGGUCAACAUUGAAAAAUCGCUCGCAAUUGCUCAUGGAAUCAUUAGACGCAGUUCCAUAUGACGGCAGCAUAAAAAUCGAAUUAUUACGCUUCAACAUCGAAUGCUAUUCAACAUCUCGAGGUUUGAAUCAUUCGUUCCAAGAAUAUGAAGAUUACGUUGCUGCAAGUCUGAUACAACUAAAUUACAAAAUGCCACUGGGUAAUAUAAUCAUUCAUUUAGAUAAAAAGAAUGAAAGUAUUGAGGAGUAUGUUUCAACAUUGAACAUGUUAUCAAUAUUCUGUUUCAACUUAUUAUUGGAUGGAAACGUUCUCACAUUGAUAGCUCCAACGAAUACAUUGAAUGAUUGGCAACCUAUAGUCCUACAUUUUAAUUCAAAUCCUUUGACCAAGGGCAUUCUACAAACCAUUGAAUAUGAUGAAAAAAACGACACAUCGGGUCUAACCAAAUGGUGGUCAGAAAUUGUGAACGAAAAAUGUCAAGAUGGAUUGCUAUUACUCCUAGAUGAUAAGAAACGAAUCGAAUCGCUUUUCAUCAAUCAAAAACGCUUUUUCGCCAACAAUAAAGAUGGAUGGAAAUGGUUAAUAAAAUGGAUUCGUUGUCGCUAUCAAUGUUCAAUCACGGUAGCAUUACAAGAAUAUAAUAUGAGCAAAAUGGUAGCAUAA